UUCAGCUCGGCAGUUCGGCGGCAGCUGGAUAGAUAGAUAACCAGAUAGGCAAGCUACCUACCGGAUAUCACAGGGUCCUCCCCAGGACUUCCGAUUGCCGAUCGAGAGUUCUUGACGGGCGUGUGCGUGUGCGAGUGCGAGUGUGUGUCCAGUGUGUGGGUGUGCAAAUUAUAAAUAAAAACAAGCAUUCAUAAUUAAUCAUUCGAGCGUGACUUUAAUGCUGUAAUUUCGCCUGAUUGAUGGCCGGACAUGACUCUGGGUCGCGUUUUCCGCGACGUUCGUCCCUCAGUCCGCCUGAGCAUCCCCGAAUCGCCGUUGCCACUGCCGCAUUCCGAUUCGAAGUGUAUUAGCAGAAUGCUGCAUUGCCGUUGUGGGGCAAUUUAUUGCCGUGCCCGUAACUGAGAAUCUCUCGCCGAACAGAGGAGGCCUCCGCCGCCACACCCUUUCGCCCAGGACCUCUAAUCAUCAUCCUUUCUCCCCAAUGACAAAUGCCAUGCGGGCAAUCGCUGCCCUGGCAGCCGGCGUGGUUUCAGUGGUGGUCACCGCCAGCAGCACCGCCAGCCCCGUUAGCACCACCACCACCGCAGCCACCGGGAGCAGUGGUACCACCAUCAUCAGCGGGAGCGGAGGCAACAGUAGCAGCAGCAGUGGAUUCCCCACAAAUUCCACGCUGCUGGACGCCGAUCACCUGCCGCUGCAGUUGACGACCGCCAAGGUGGACCUGGACAUUGAAAUCGACAUCCAACUGCUGACAAAUGGCUACGAUGGCACAACGCUGACAUCGUUCUACAAUGAGAGCAGCUGGACAAAUGCUUCUGAAAUGGAUACAAUAGUUGGUGAGGAACCGGAGCCGCUGUCACUUGUGUCAAUUGUAGUUGUUGGAAUCUUCCUAUCGGUGCUGAUAUUCCUCUCGGUGGCCGGCAACAUCCUGGUCUGCCUGGCCAUCUACACGGAGCGCAGUCUGCGCCGCAUCGGCAACCUGUUCCUGGCCUCCCUGGCCAUCGCGGACCUCUUCGUGGCCUCGCUGGUGAUGACCUUCGCCGGAGUCAACGAUUUGCUGGGAUAUUGGAUCUUUGGAGCGCAAUUUUGUGAUACUUGGGUGGCCUUUGAUGUCAUGUGCUCGACGGCGUCCAUUCUGAACCUGUGCGCCAUCUCGAUGGACCGCUACAUCCACAUCAAGGACCCGCUCAGAUACGGCCGCUGGGUGACACGUCGCGUGGCUGUCAUCACCAUCGCCGCCAUUUGGCUGCUGGCCGCCUUCGUGUCGUUUGUGCCCAUCUCGCUGGGCAUCCACCGGCCCGACCAGCCGCUGAUUUUCGAGGACAAUGGCAAAAAGUACCCCACGUGCGCCCUGGACCUCACGCCCACCUACGCCGUCGUAUCGAGCUGUAUCAGUUUCUACUUCCCCUGCGUGGUCAUGAUUGGCAUCUACUGUCGGCUAUACUGCUACGCCCAGAAGCACGUGAAGUCCAUCAAGGCGGUGACCCGGCCCGGCGAGGUGGCCGAGAAGCAGCGCUACAAGAGCAUCCGGCGCCCGAAGAACCAGCCCAAGAAGUUCAAGGUGCGCAACCUGCACACCCACAGCUCGCCGUACCACGUGUCCGACCACAAGGCCGCCGUCACGGUGGGCGUGAUCAUGGGCGUGUUCCUCAUCUGCUGGGUGCCCUUCUUCUGCGUCAACAUCACGGCCGCCUUCUGCAAGACCUGCAUCGGGGGCCAGACCUUCAAGAUCCUCACCUGGCUGGGCUACUCGAACUCGGCCUUCAACCCCAUCAUCUACUCGAUCUUCAACAAGGAGUUCCGCGACGCCUUCAAGCGCAUCCUGACCAUGAGGAACCCCUGGUGCUGUGCCCAGGACGUGGGCAACAUCCAUCCGCGGAACAGCGACCGCUUCAUCACGGACUACGCCGCCAAGAACGUGGUGGUCAUGAACUCGGGUCGCUCCAGCGCCGAACUGGAGCAGGUCUCCGCGAUUUGACCAAGAGGCUGUCAAGGCUGCUGCCUCAAUCUCUCCGCCGGCGGUGGCGGAGCGGCCACCUGGCUGCCCUGCGGAUGCGGUGGCCUCCACGUGGACGACGACGACGAUGGGGCGCUGACCACGCGCUAUGUUCCAUGAGAUUCGGUCACGGCGGCCACCGCCACCAUUGUGGAGACCGUGGAGGCCGCGCAGAUGGAGACGGAGCUGCUCUAGGCCGGCAAAUGGGUUCCUACAACCAAGUCGAUCCAGUCUCAACCCAGCUUCAACCGCAAGCAAUCCCAGCAAUCCUCAGCCCCGCUCCAGUGGACAUGGAAACCUGUAAGUAUUAUCAGCGCGUCCCCGAGACUAAGCAAUCAACUAUGCGUAUACUUAAUCGCACUAGUAUCUAGCUGUAAAACCUAAAGAAAAAAGAAAGAAAAAAGAGAUACAAAUCGAAACCCAACCCGAAACGUGAUUAGGUCUAAGAUCUUCAACCCGGCACCGAGGAGCUUCUAGUUAAGUUUCUGUUUGGGUAUUCAUGGCGGUCUGGCUCCAUGCAAAUGCGAUUAUUAUGGAGUGACACAUGUCACUUGCCACUCACCCACACAGACAACACAAACAAACACAAACACACUUCCCAGAAAAAAGAAGAGAAGAAAACGCUGCAUACAUCGCGGCGCCCUCAUAUUGGAAGCGCUCUACAUUUGAUUUAUUGAUGAGAAUUUAUGGCCAUUCAGCGAACAGGGCUGCCAGCUGCACUCGUAAAUCAUGCAAAAUGAUUAUUGUUGUUAUUAUUAUUACGGGCACAGCGCACAAAAGCUGUAAAACCCCCGCCGACUCCCCCCACAUUCCCAUAUUUAUACUAUAAAUGUUAUGUUUAGUUGGAGUGCCACGAUGAUAGCGAGUUUUUACGACCAAACUUUGCAGACUGAUUUGAAUUUAUGCGUUGAAAUCUGUUCCACGAUGUUAAUUAAGCCAACUGUGAUUGACACCGGCAAGCGAAAACAAUAGCAGCCAGUCGAGAGGUUAGCCUUUGGCUGCCGCAUUCCGGGAACUCUGAUUACCGGGUGAUUUAAUGAGCGGCACCUGCGAAAACACAGCUAUCAGCCAGCGGCGUAAUGAACAUGUUGCCCCUGGCACCGUUUUUCUCCGGCCAUGUCUUGUCUUGUAUCCCGGGCUCCAGAACCCAGCCACUGGGGGGAAACAAAUGUAAACAGUUUGCUCUUUACGCCAGGAUGAAAAAUUAUGCCAGCACAGGGAAAAAUGUCUAAUUUAUUGGGUCAGACAGUGUAAAUAUCGCGAUAAUAAAUCAAACAGUUAUCAGGAAAGAAUAGGUGGUAGCGUUGACAUGACCUAGGGACCUAUAAAAUAUUACAAUAAUGACAGAGAGGUAUUUCUGAUUAUUAUUUUUGUGUUUAUAACAUUCUGAUCAAGGAACCCGUAGUAGAAAUAUAAUGACAAUUUUAUAAUAGUUUUUUUUUCGUAUUUGUAGUUUUAAUAAAUAGUUAGCAGAAUUACAUUUUUAUAAUAAUAUUUAUUUUUAUUUUCCUAUUUAUUACAUUUUAAAAACAAGUAACCAGCAAUUUAGUUUCCUUUUUCUUUCUUCUUCUUUUUCAAGUGCUAUUUACCCAUCCGUGUGGCGAAAUUGUUUUCUAAAUUAUGAUUUUUCCCGGUGUAUCUCAGCCUGCGAGCUGUUUCCCCCCUCGGCACUCGAGUUUCAAUUCCGGUUAUUUGCGGAUGCCGCAACUCUUGCCAAGUCCCAUUCCCCUUCGCUUCUGUUAUUAAUACAAAGUACUUAUUUCCCACCCCAUCCAGCCCCAUAUCAACCCAACCCAUCCAGACAAUCCGCUUACAACUUUUUCAUUCUUUGUUUAUUCGAUUCCCUUUCGCGCGCUCUCCUUUUCGUAUUUAUUUUGGCAGUUUAUUAAAACUUUGGCGCUGCUUUCGUCAUUUUAAUUACAAUACAGCGAACAAAGGCGAAGCGGCAUUUGUUAUCGAUGGCCACGCCCCCGGGAAGGCCCGCCCAACGCAACGCCCACUGGAAGGAAAUCGGCACUGCCACAUCUGGCACGCAAUCAAUUCAACUUCAACUCCAUCAACGAUUUUGCACGUGUCGCAGGUUCUCCGCCCGGUGGAAAGGCUUGAAUUUCGGCCUCUGAGUGCUUUAUGGCACACACGCAGUGGCCUUGCCUCCAAGCCCCCUUUCCACCCACUCCCCAGCCACCCACUGAGGUCCUGGCCCACUUCCCACAUUCCAUUUGGGUUUAUUUGGGGCACAGCCAUUGACUCUGACUUUGGAAUUCGGAAUUUGUCGUUGCCUAAGCCCUCAAAAAACGGCAUGAUAAAUGUGCGUGGCGCGGCCCUAAGCCUUAACCCAUUAUGUUCAGAAUUUGCCUAUAUUGAAUAUUGAUUGAAAUGAAUGUUAGGUACAUUUGUCGUACAAAAAGUACACAACAAUUUAUGGUGAUGGUCAUGAAAUAAACAUUUUUAAUAGGAUGGAAUUCUUUAAAUAAAGAUC